CAGUAAAACAAAAUCCAUGAACAGAUGGAUGUUUUUGUGUCAGAUUCAAAUGACUAGUAUAAUAUUUUGGAUCGGGUCGGUUUGGGUUAUUGGGUUGGGUUCUUUUCGUUUAUCCUAUUAAUUUUUGAGAACACACCUACAACUACAAUCAAUCUAGAGAGACGAGCGCCGCCGUGGUUGGGAUAAUAACACGAUGAUGGGGACUCACUCUUUGAAUCUGCUUCCGAAAGCAUUUCCUCCAACCUUGGCUUCUUCACUCAGACCAAAUCUCCUCAGAUUCGACUCAACAAGGCAUCGGAGGAGUCGGAGGCAAAAUCUGAGCAUCCGAUCCGUGUUCACGGGAAUCGUGGAAGAAAUGGGCCACGUAAAGGAUCUGGGGUUGGCUGACCACGGCGGCGGCGGCUUCGACCUUAAGAUCGGGGCGAGAGUGGUGCUGGAGGACGUGAAGCUUGGCGACAGCAUCGCCGUCAACGGCACUUGCCUUACAGUCACCCAUUUCGACACCGAGGCGUUCACCGUGGGGCUGGCACCGGAGACGCUGCGAAAGACGUCGCUGGAGGAGCUGGAGAGAGGGUCUCUGGUGAAUCUGGAGCGUGCGCUGCAGCCGGUGAGCCGCAUGGGCGGACACGUGGUGCAGGGACACGUGGACGGUACGGGAGUGAUAGUUUCGAUGGAAGCCGAGGGAGAUUCGCUGUGGGUGAAGGUGAGAGCGGACAAGGCUUUGCUCAAAUACAUUGUCCCCAAGGGCUUUGUCGCCGUCGACGGGACGAGCCUGACGGUGGUGGACGUGUCUGACGAGGACAGCUGCUUUAACUUCAUGCUCGUUGCUUACACGCAGCUCAAUGUCGUGAUUCCCACCAAGAAAGUUGGGCAGAAAGUGAACCUCGAGGUUGACAUCAUGGGCAAAUACGUUGAGAGGCUUCUUCUCUCCAUGAACAACAACACUCCCCAGGAAAACAAGGGCUGAACCUCAGCUGGGAGAAAGAGAAGCUUAUUUGGCAACUGUUGGUUUAUGUAAGAUUGAUCUUGACCUCUCUGUUUCUUUGUAAUGAUGGUCGUGAGCAUUUGCACAGAACUUAGUAGAUGAACCUUUUCGAGUAAUGAUGAUCUUUUCAUUUGGAGAAUAAGCUUAUGGUUGGAUUUCA